AUGUCGAAAAUCGUAUCUCGUCAGGAACCGAAGGACUCUCAAAAGUGCAAUCUCUCCCCGCUGGACAAGGCUGGGCCCGCACCUGAUCUCUCGUCUGGCCCGACCGUCUCCACUGCCUCCCGGUGUCGUCACUCAGUCCAAGUCGGAGUGGGAGAGAGCGCCUUCAAUCUCAGCCGAUCACUUACACACCGUCCCGGCGCCGGUCCCCACGUCCACCCUGCCUUGAGCCGUGCGGCGCAUCAACAGUUCUGGAGCUUCCGAAAGCCUAUCGCCAUGGAUCCUUCAAGAGAUGCGACCGUCCCAUCCACACCUGUCGAUCGCCCUGGUACACCACCACGCCCACCGUAUUCACCGGUGACCCCAGUCUUUGCGCACUUGAAUACGGUGGCCGCAGCCAACGCGACUAUCGUUCCACCCCCUCUAUCGCCCUCUCCAACUUCACACACUCCUCCGAAUCGACCGUCUAACCAUGUACCAUCGCGGCCUCCAGGAGCGCCGGCGGUCUUUAAAUCUGAGCCGCCACCGGUGCCUAUAUCCGAGAGUGAGAAUCCAGAUGCCAUCGCGUUGCGAUCGGCGAUCUCGAUUCUGCAGAUGCAGAAGCAACAGACCUUACGGGACAUUCGCAGCCUGGAUCGCUUGAAAGAAGCCGCUGCGGCGGACCCAGAGGCAUUUGCGCGAGAGUUGGCUGGAGGGCGUUUGCGCACUGAAGACCGCGGGACGGUCAUUCAGUUCUCCGAGGACGACGCGAUGGACACGGACGAGGAGAACGAACAACCUGAAGGCUUCGAGGAAUCUCAAGAGAAAAACGGAUCAGGGUCUCGCUUUGGUCGCAUACCACAACCGCAAAAUAUCGUUCGAAUGCCCCCGAUCAAUUGGGCCAAAUAUCAGAUUGUUGGCGAACCACUGGAACGCAUGCAUGAGGAGCAGCUGCGUCGACCAACUCCCGGGGAGCCUCGACAGCAGCCUGCACCGGAGUAUCUGCUGGCAUCACCUUAUCGACCGCUUGUCGAUCAAUUAGACUCACCACCAGUGCGGCCAGCUCGCGCAAGCAAGAGCAAGAAAUAG